UUGUAGUAUUUCCGCUCUGAACUUUAACCCGUUAUAGCAAAUAGCAAGCAUGUUGUAGUCCGAGUAGUUUACAUUGGAAUGCAUUGAUAGCUGCUUAAUUUCAUUAUUGAUUAUUGUCGCUGUGAUUAAAUUAUUGUAUUAGUCGAGUAACCAGGAAGUUGUCGCACAUUUAUCUUCUAAAUUGUUGAAUUAUACAACCUGUCGGUGUGUUAGCCGGCAGCUAGCGUCCUGUAGUGGAAAAGAAGAGGACGAGAUUGCGCCAUGGUAAUGUGAUAAUCAUUUCAUUAACGUUGCAUUUAGAAUCUUCCUAUGGCAGCGCGGCACCCCUUCACAGACACUGAUACUUCCGAUGAAGCAGUGAGGGCAACGUGUGACGAUGCUACGGCUUGCAAAAGGUUUGCUAUUAGUAAAGGAUACUGGACAGACCCUUACAUCCAGUAUUUUGUUAGAUCUGUUGGUGAGCGGAAGGCACCUGAAAUCAACAGAGGAUAUUAUGGCCGUGUUAAAGGUGUCAACCAUCUCCUUGAUGCAUUUAUAAGAAAAACAGCAUGUGACUGUCAAGUGAUCAACCUUGGCGCCGGGCUGGACACCACCUUCUGGAGACUCAAGAAUGAAAACCUCUUGCCGAGGAAGUUCUUUGAGGUUGAUUUUCCUACUGUUGUGGCCAGGAAAAUACACUAUAUAAAGACCAAACCGCCCUUAUCCCAGCCUGUCAUUGAAACACACUCAACAGACUCCUUGCUACUAGUUGUACCAUGUGCGCUCAUUUGCUCAGACGCCCACAGUCUUGACUCGGAUCGGUACUGCAUCAUCGGAGCAGACCUCAGAGACAUCGCUGCUUUGGAUGAAAAACUGAAGAAGUUCCAUCUUAACCCAGAGUUACCUACAUUGCUCCUGUCGGAGUGUGUGCUGGUUUACAUGACUCCCGCCCAGUCCUCCAAUUUAGUUCACUGGGCUGCAGACACCUUUCACACGGCCAUGUUCAUCAACUAUGAACAGGUGAACAUGAACGACCGUUUUGGCCAGGUAAUGAUUGAGAACCUGCAGCGGCGUCAGUGCACCCUGGCAGGAGUGGAGGUGUGCCAGUCUCUGGACUCUCAGAAGGAGCGGUUUCUCCGGUUGGGUUGGGAUCACGCUGAUGCUCUGGACAUGGUGACAAUCUACAGUAUGCUUCCUCAGGAUGAAGUGGAACGAAUUGAGCGUCUGGAGUUCCUCGAUGAGAAGGAGCUGUUGCAGCAGCUUCUGCAGCACUACAGCAUCUGCUGGGCCACCAAAGACAAGCUCAGUCUAGGUCUGUCACAGUUGGCAUUUUGAUGGAAAUUGGAAGUCUGCAUUUGGCAUCACAUUAAGCUUAGUAAGAAUCCUAAAGAGCACGAGUGUUUUAUUGCUGCAUCACAAAUUAAUGUGAACAUUUGUAGAAUGACUGAUCUGUUAUGUACCAUUUUAGUUUUAUUUAUUCAUCACUUACUCACGCCUACUUAUUUUAAUAAAUGCUCACUGUAAGAUUAGUGUUGAACUGUAAACCCAUGCACUACUUACAUGCUUUUGCUUUUGAGGUCUUCUUUUAGGACAGGGUAGUUUAAUUGGAAUUCUGUAAGUGCAGUUGAAUAAACUUGUUUUGCUUUAGUUGUGCAUUGUUUUGAAAUCAAACCAUCUCGAGAUCAUACAUUUUAUUAGCCAUUUACAUCAGUGGCAGGCGCGGAUUUAGAGGGGGGUGUGGCCCUGUUUUGAGGCACCCACGAUUUUUUUUUGCCACAAUAAAAGCUAAUAAAAUGAUAAACCAUCCUGGAUUCCAGUCCGAGUGAAGGUACAUGUAUGUCUAAACCGGUACACGUUGAUUUAUUAGCACUGCUACUAGUACCAAGACAGAUCACCCCAGGCCACAGUCAGUCAACUGACCCCAGAGCUAGGCCGGCUGGGGGAGCAGGGGAGGGGAGCCCCAGGGAAUAUUUUGUGGUCUGCUUUUUGGGCCAGGAGGAUGCUACACUGUUCUAGGCUGGCUGUACGUGUAUGGCUUAGUACAUGCUGCACUGUGUAGUGGUAGGUGGUAAGCUGCCAGCAUGCAGGAUAGGGUCAGCAUGUAUCCUUGAUAUCAGUUUGGGCAUUGGGAUGGAGGGUUUAUGAGGUGAAAGUAAUUAAACGCUCUGCUAGGGAUUGCUUCCCAGUGGGAAAUAGACGGCCUUUUAUCUGAAUAGCUGUCCCACAAAAUAUUUACGAUCUCAGACUUUGGUUUACUGACGAACCUAAACACGCAUUAUAUGGUUCUGAUUGGCUAUGAGACAAACUCAAUGAAGCAUGCAGCCAACGUAGCGAUCAUUGUCAAUGAAGGUACAGUCGCUAACCUUCAUCAGUGCACUUUUUUAGUGCGGCGCUUAUUCCAAAUAUAGUGAAACGUCAAUUUCUCGUACCCCUUGGUUCCAAAGGGUGUAAUUCGUAAAUUGAAAAAUUUGUAAACUAGAUCGGGCGUUAAUUUCCAAUACCUAGGCCUUUGGAAAACGUGCGUAAUCAGACUUUUUUCCGUAUUAUUUUGUCAACAACAAACUCAACAAAAAUUAAGGACAUAAAAUUGGCCUCAGAUAUCACCAGAUUGCAGGAAAUGAGGUCUAAUUUAAAAAAUUUUUUUGGGUGAGGGACCCCAGACCCCCCGCUCCAUUUCCAGCGCCACACCCACACACACCCCCUUUUCAAAAAAGCUAGAUCCGCCCCUGAGUGGUCUCCAAAGUCUGGCUCUGGGGCCAUUUUUGGACCAGAGCUCAUUUUUUUUGGCACUUGACAUAGAUCAUAAAUAUUAACUACAAAAAAAUGUCAGUAGAAAUUUUGAAUGGGCCUGCCCUUGCAAUUACCCCCCUGGUACGGCACUACAUUCUUGCAGGUCACUAUGUUAUCACACAACCAUGACACUGGGAUCGAUUUGCCUGCUGUAUUGGUAAUGUCGACAGCGGGAUUGUUCCACCCACCUCUUUUUAUGGUUUGCGAUUGCUCUCCGCAGAACGCAGUGAGUAUUGUUUUCCUCACUUAUUACUCUAUCAAAGUUAUUUUACGGACAAAUGCAGCAUUACCGUGGCACCAUGCUAAUUUUGCUUUGUGUGCAUUAUAAAGUUCAUCAAAAGAAAUACUGUAAGUUUGGUUCAUUGCCUGAAGAAUAUUGUAUAGUGUAAUGUUUAUUUCAGAAUAAAGUGAAGAAAAGGUUAAAGACUAUGUAAUUGUUGCAUUUACAAAAGCUAUGUUUCAUUAAGAGUUGUAAUUUAAGUUUGCUAAACUCUUGGUUUUAUUUUGAAGUUUAAAGAUGAUUUUAUUUUGAAGGGAUGUUUACCGGUCACGAUUACACAAAAUGUUGCACUCUGUGAAUUUAUUUUCAUAUAUCAUCUCCAGAUUACAAGUGUAACCCCGCUGAACCUUUGAAGUGUGAGACGAGAGCAAUACCACUCAGCCAGAAGCACACUUGAAAAUGAUUUUAACGUAAGUUUGUAAUUUUGCCGGCCUCGAUAAAUUGGCAUGUGCAUGUAUGCCUGUUUGUUUUCCUCGUCUCUCUGCACCACACAGGCUGGAUGACAAGAGGGUUCACUCUGCAUGUGUCUGUGCGUAUUGGUUCUAUAGUGGAAUGAAUGGAGAGAGUGAACCCUCCUGUCAGCCUCUUUGUACGAGUGCGUGGAGGCGGGGCUGCUAGUGAGUGGAUACACAGACACAGUGCUAGCAGCAAGUUAGCAAGCAAACACUAAUAUGAAUGAAGGCACAAAAGCGAUGGUUUCUAAGCCGAAUACCACAGCCCCAGUGUUGAUGUGCAGCAGAGCUUUCGUCAUGACAGACGCUUACUAAGGCGUUUGAUCGGCAAAGUACAUAUAAAAUGAAACGGCGAAAAAUGGUGCGAGCUCACUCAAAGUGUCACUUACUAUAUUGCUAAAGAAAUGCAACCUUUCAAUACGGUUGAAAAGCCAACAUUUCAGGAAAUGCUAGAAAUGUUUGACAGACAGUACGGAUUUCCUGUGAGAACGUACAUGUCACAAACAGCAGUUCCUGAACUGUAUAACUGAGUGAAAAAAGACGUGUUGAAGGACAUCAGAAACCUUGCAUUUUAUUCCACCACCACAGUUCCUUGGCACACACAUCAGCGAGGACCUCACCUGGUCUCACAACACCCAACAAAUUCUGAAGAAGUCCCAAAGGAGACUGUACUUCCUGAGAAGACUGAGGAAAUUUGGCAUGUCCACCACAAUCCUGAGUUGCUUCUACAGAUGCACUAUCGAAAGUGUCCUUACCGCCUCCAUCACUGUUUGGUACGGUAACUGUACAACACGUGAUAGGAAGGCACUCCAGCGGGUGAUCAAGACCUCACAGAACAUUGUUGGGGCAGCCCUCCCCUCACUGCAAGACAUUUAUAAAUCUAGAGUCCUACGAAGAACACACAACCUCAUCAAGGACAGCACACAUCCACAACACUCAUUAUUCACACUCCUACCGUCAGGCAGACGCUACAGGAGUUUGAAGUCCAGGACCACAAGGCUGGCAAACAGCUUUUACCCACAGGCCAUCAGGCUCCUCAACGAAGCACUCGCACACGCCGCACGCAACACACGCACACACUCAUAGCACUUUAUUUAUUUAUUUGUAUUAUUUAUUUGUAUUAAUGUCUCUUCUGUUGUUGUUGCUUAAUUUAUUGGUAUUUAUGUUUAUGUGUUUAUGUUUCUUAUGUUCUUAUUCUUUCAUUUGUUUUCUUUCUUUUCUUGGGAGAAUGAACAGAAUAAGAUUUUCAUUGCAUAGUAUAACUGCUGUUGUACUAUGCACAUGACAAUAAAACUCUCUUGAAUCUUGAAUCUUGAUAUGUGGUCCAGCUCAAAUAUCACCUCUGACAUUGGUUGAACAAUACACUAUAUACGGUAACUGCGUGUGUGUUUGUGUUUUUUAUUGGGGUGUUUUUUUCUUAACAAACAGGGUCUAUUUUUGGGUUAUAAUUUUUAAGUAAGUGCAAUUUGUGCUAAAAGAGUGAGUUUUUUUGUGUCUUUGUAAAUUUAUUGUUGUUUAUUGAAAAGCUCUUGACAUUCCAAUUACAAUGUUAAACACUCUUGAGAAAUUAAAGUUUACUGCUUUUGAUACGAUGUAGUCACUAUUUUGCCAUAUAAUUAAUUUUAAAAAAUGGUCUCAAAAAAUGUUGGCAAUAAUAUCAAUGGACAAUUAUCAUCCAGCAAAAUGUAUUAUCAUGACAGGCCUAUGUGUUGGCAUUCACUUUUGUUUCUGAUUAUGGAGAGAAUGAAAAAUAACGUGUAAAAUGUGUGGUCAAUUGACAACAGCUUGUCACAGGCUAAGCCCUAUCUAUGCCCUUCUCAUUCCACUUUCUGCCAUUUUUGUUUAAAGCGGCAGCAGCUAGCUAGCUCGUUUUUGGCCCACAGGCGAGCUACAAGUGGCUAUCACGUUCAUUGGAUACAUCAAUCAUCGAUCAUCAUCACAACUUAUUAAAGUGUCACUUAACAAUCUUGCUCUCCUGUUAUCAUAGUACUCUUGGCUUGUCUUCAAAACACCAGUUGUGUGUCUUAACACGUAGUGUGUCCAGCUUUAAGAGGGGUCUCCAACUGGUAGCUCGUAAGCUACCUAGUUCAGUAUGUGCCUGUACGGGCAUAUUAGGAACACACAGUAGACAAUAGCCGGCUAAAUAUAGCACCACAACAGUCCUUAUUGGCUAAGGCAGAACACGCCCAAUUGUGUCCUGUGUCCUGUGUCCUGAUUGGCUGUAGACAAUUAUCAAUCAAUCCCCCUUUGUGCCGUUUGCUGUUGUGGUCAAUGGUUGCUAGCAAACUAGCUAACUGUGUGAGCUGCUUGCUAACUUCCAAUAAACAAUAGAAGAAGCAUUAGCUAACCGGCUAAAUGAAUCUACGGUUCAAGGAGUAGGGCAAGGGGGAGGAAAAUACGACGGCAGCAGCAAUAUGUUUUAACAAGGUUACAAAAACGCAACAGCCGAACGGCGCCAGGACGAGGCACGGGCAGAGGAAUGAAUACGUGUGAGUUACUUAAUUUCUUGUGUCCAACCUAGAAGAUUGAUCAUUAAAAU